AUGGCUCCUCCUCCGGACUGGAAAACAACCAACCGCACAAUUCAAAUCCUCCAAGUCGCGGAAGAAGGACGGUAUGGUGUCCUCGCAACAGUGGCCUACAAUAUCGAGCACAUACUCGGCAUGGUCCAAGCCGCUGAACGAGCCCACUCACCUCUCAUAAUCCAAUUCUUCCCCUGGGCUAUCACCUUCUCCUCCGGGCUCCUCAUCCGCACCGCAGCCGACGCAGCAUCGCGCGCCAAAGUUCCAGUCGCAAUCCAUCUCGAUCACGCCCAAGAUGAAGAAAUGAUACGGAGAGCAGCUGAUACGCUGCCGUUUGACAGUAUCAUGAUUGACAUGUCGCACUAUGAGAAAGAAACCAAUUUGGCGAAGACAAAAGAGUUGGUUAGGUAUUGCCAUGAAAGGGGUAUUGCGACGGAAGCUGAGCCCGGGAGAAUUGAGGGUGGAGAGGACGGGGUGAUGGACACAGAAGGCUUGGAAGGGAGUAUGACGACGAUGGAGGAGGUGAGUGAUUUUGUGGAUACGGGAGUGGAUUUUCUGGCGCCUGCGAUCGGGAAUAUGCAUGGCGAGAAUCCUUACGGAUUUUCUAAUCCGAACUUAGAUUUUGAGAGGCUGAGAGAAAUCCGAUCGAAGGCUCAGGGUCGAGUCCGAAUCGCUCUCCAUGGCACGAAUGGUUUCAGGCUAGAGUUAAUGAAGAAGUGUAUUUCGGAAGGAGUGGCGAAAGUCAACGUGAACAAACUUGUUCUUGACGACUAUUCAGAGCAUCUGAAAGCGAAUGCUGGGAAAUUCCCGCAGACUAAGUUGAUGGAGCAGGGAGUGGAACUGGUAACCAAACAGACGAUGCAGUGGAUGGAAAUUUGUGGAUCGGCUGGCAAGGCUAAAUCAAAAGCUAGAAUAGCAAAUGGCUGGAUUUGA